AUAUUAUCUUCCCACUUCCCACUUGUUACAAUAUUAUAAUUUCUGUUUCAUUUCACGAAAUAAAAGAAAACCCAAAACUCUCUCCAUUUCUCCCUCUCUCCCAAACAACUACCAUGUCCCUUACUGACCGCUACUCGCCGACAUGCACGGAGCUCGGCGACGGCGGCGGCGGCGCAACCGCCACCGACGGUGUCGCCGGCAAGGGGUUCAUGCUGUUCGGGGUUAGAGUGAUGGAGGGUGCAGCAGCAGGGUCGUUUAGAAAGUGUGCCAGCAUGACCAACCUGGCUCAGUUUGAUCACCACCCUCAAGAAUCAAACGCCGACGUCAACGCCGGCUAUACUUCCGACGACGUCGUUCAUCCCUCCGCCGGCAGCCGUGAACGGAAAAGAGGUGUGGCGUGGACGGAGGAAGAACACAGGCUAUUUUUACUGGGGUUGCAAAAAGUAGGAAAAGGGGAUUGGAGAGGAAUUUCAAGAAAUUUCGUGAAAUCACGUACACCAACUCAAGUCGCCAGCCAUGCCCAGAAGUAUUUUCUCCGCCGGAACAACCACGGCCGCCGCCGCCGCCGCUCUAGUCUCUUCGACAUCACCACCGACAACGUUUUGGGGGCCGCAAAAUUAGAACAACAAAGCAGCACCGUAGAGAAACUUCCGGUGGCUGCUUUUCCGAUGACGGCAAAACCAGUAUUACCGCCGCCGGUAAUCGCCGGCGAUUCAUCCCAUAAUUACCCGACAAAGCCCACCCGUCCAAUUCCGGUUCUUCCGGCGCCUCCAUCUUCCAAGCUGGCUGAUCUCAAUUUAAACAGGAUAACAUCAAUAGCCGAGCCUCUGCCUUUGUCUCUAAAGCUUCCAACGCCGCCGUCGCCGCAGCCGCCAUCCUCGUCAUCGUCGGAGCAGAAGUCUCCGCCGGGGAGACACACGCCGGCGUUUCAGGCAAUGUCCGGUAGCUUUAACAGCAACAACGGCGAUAGCAUCAUUAGCGUGGCUUGAAAACUCAAUUAUUAUAUUAAAGUAUAUAUAUAUAU